UACGGCGGACGUUGUCGUUCAGUGUCUGCCGGCACAUUUUUAUUUUCUGUGGAAAGAUGAACGACAUGGAAAGGAGUUCUCUCUUUUUAGCACUAUGCUAAGAUCCCAGGAAGCCUUCCCACCAUGCUGGAACUGGGCUCCUGUUCGGUCAGCUCUCAGGCUCUGACAGGGGACCACAAUGCUUUGGGGCUACCGAGAGCCCCAUCAGGGCCGGAGUGUUCAGGAGGUGGUCCGGGCAUGGGGACGAUGUGUGGUAGCAGCACCCCGAGGCACCACAUCCUUCACUCGUCCCCAACGGACAGUGAGAACUGGCAGAAGCAUCGUGCAGGACUGGCCGCGGGGUCGAGCCUGUUGUCUGCAUCCCACUCCUUCCUGGAGCCCCAAAGUCUCUCGACCAGCUACGACACCCUCUACCUCCCACAAAUGUCUGGCCAGGCUCCCCCUGUAAAUCCGAACCGUCUCGGCCUCUCUCUUGAUGUGGCCUCGACUUUUGAAGUCGGAGCAGGAAUGUUAGGGGUGGAUGGAGAUUUGGCGGUCAGUCCCAAUGUGAUGAAGAGACGUCGGGGCGGCCUGAUCGAGCAGAAGGACAUUGUCAAAGCACACCAGGCUCAUAAGAUUCACAGCACACCACAGGCACGACGCAAGGAGUGGGAAAUGGCCCGGUUUGGAGACGACGUCCCGGGCUUGUUGAGCUCCGGUGAUGGAGGGUCCGAGCGCAACCGGAACCGCGAUGGGGCGGCUGUGUCCACAGGUGGCAUCUCCCCUGCCUUCAAGCAGACCAAAGCGCAGCGUGCCCGCACCAUGGCCUUGUACAACCCCAUCCCGGUCAGGGAGAACUGCUUCACCGUCAACAGGUCCCUCUUCAUCUUUGGCGAGGACAACGUGGUCAGGAAGUAUGCCAAGAAAGUCAUUGAGUGGCCUCCGUUUGAGUACAUGAUCCUAACCACCAUCAUCGCCAACUGUAUCGUCUUGGCUCUGGAGCAGCACCUUCCUGGAGAGGACAAAACCCCCAUGUCGAAGAGACUGGAGAAGACGGAGCCCUACUUCAUCGGGAUGUUCUGUUUGGAGGCUGGGAUCAAGAUCAUCGCCCUGGGCUUUGUAUUUCAUAAAGGCUCCUACCUCAGGAAUGGAUGGAACGUCAUGGACUUCAUUGUGGUCCUCAGUGGGAUCCUGGCCGCAGCAGGGGCCCAUAUGAACAUCUCAGUGGACCUGAGGACCCUGAGGGCGGUGCGAGUGCUGCGGCCCCUCAAACUGGUCUCAGGCAUCCCGAGUCUGCAGAUAGUCUUGAAGUCUAUAAUGAAGGCCAUGGUUCCUCUGCUGCAGAUCGGCAUGCUGCUCUUUUUUGCAAUCCUCAUGUUCGCCAUCAUCGGCCUGGAGUUUUACAGCGGCAAACUGCACUACACCUGCACGCCGCAGCCUGGAAUACUGGAAAACGAGACGGUGGACUCCUCUGAGUACGAGGUCCCGUGUGGCGUGCGUAAGUGUCCGGCCAAAUACACCUGCAGCGAUACGUGGAUCGGCCCGAAUGACGGCAUCACUCAGUUUGACAACAUCCUGUUUGCGGUUCUCACGGUCUUCCAGUGCAUCACCAUGGAGGGGUGGACCACUGUACUCUACAAUACCGACGAUGCCUUGGGCACCAACUGGAACUGGCUCUACUUUGUCCCUCUCAUCAUCAUCGGCUCUUUCUUUGUCCUGAAUCUUGUGCUGGGAGUCCUCUCUGGGGAAUUUGCGAAGGAGAGGGAGAGGGUGGAAAACCGCAGAGCCUUCAUGAAACUGAGACGCCAACAGCAGAUUGAGAGAGAGCUCAACGGCUACCGGGCCUGGAUCGACAGAGCAGAGGAAGUGAUGCUUGCAGAGGAGAAUAAGAAUUCAGGACCUUCUGCCCUCGAUGCUCUCAGGAGCCUCCCAGAGUGGAGUACAGGUGGUGUCUAUGUGUUGAAGAGAGCCACCACCAUCAAGAGGAGAGGGAUGGAUGUGGGGCAUCGAGGGCAACCAGGGGAGGAACAAUAUGGCGACAUCUCUUCUGUGGGCAUCCCCAUGGCCAGAGUAAGUAUCAGGAGUGCUAAGCGAGGUCCAAGAGCCUUUUUCCGCCGUAAGGAGCGUCUCCUGCGCAUCUCCAUCCGCCGUGUGGUGAAGACACACACUUUCUACUGGACAGUGCUGGGCAUUGUGGCUCUCAACACGCUGUGUGUGGCCAUUGUUCACCACAACCAACCUCUCUGGCUGUCCAACUUCCUCUACUAUGCAGAGUUCCUGUUCCUCGCUCUGUUUCUGACUGAGAUGUUUCUGAAGAUGUACAGCUUGGGACCGCGUCUCUACUUCCAUUCCUCAUUCAACUGCUUUGACUGCAGCGUGAUCGUUGGCAGCAUCUUUGAAGUGCUGUGGGGUUUCUUCAGGCCUGGCACUUCCUUUGGCAUCAGUGUCCUGCGUGCUCUCCGUCUGCUGAGGAUCUUCAAGAUCACCAAGUAUUGGGCAUCGCUGAGAAACUUGGUCGUCUCUUUGAUGAACUCUAUGAAGUCCAUCAUCUCCCUCAUCUUCCUCCUCUUUCUCUUCAUCCUUGUUUUCGCACUCCUUGGUAUGCAGCUCUUCGGUGGCAGGUUCAUCUUUGAAGACUACACCCCAACAAACUUUGACACCUUUCCUGCAGCCAUCAUGACCGUCUUUCAGAUCCUGACUGGAGAGGACUGGAACGAGGUGAUGUACAACGGUAUUCGCUCUCAAGGAGGAGUGAAGUCUGGCAUGUGGUCCUCUAUCUACUUUAUAGUGCUCACACUGUUUGGAAACUACACACUGCUGAAUGUCUUCUUGGCCAUUGCUGUGGAUAACCUCGCCAAUGCACAAGAACUUACCAAGGAUGAAGAGGAAGCAGAGGCAGCGUUCAACCAGAAGCACGCUCUCCAGAAGGCGAAGGAGGUCGGACCGUUGUCCUCCUUCAUGUCUUCAGAUGGAAGCCGGAGGAGGCGGCCCUACCUGUACAGGAAAAGAGCCAUCCACCGCAGCCGGCCUACCUACUCCUGCUCCCUGGAGGAGACCCAGGGCAGCAUCAGGGAGGGCCGUCCACCCCCACCACUCAACUCCUCUAACUCUUUCAUGUCCAGGAGAGAGAGAAGAAAAAGGAUGACCAUGUCAGUGUGGGAGCAGAGGACCAGCCAGCUGCGGAGACACCGCCAGAUGUCCAGCCGAGAGAUCCUGUUCAGCGGCCCCAGCGAGGAGAAGGACGGGCCCCCUGUUUCAGCCCAGACCCAACAUGAACGUCCCCUGUCACUGCACCGCAAGGCCAUGGAGCACACACAGACUGGGAGUUUGAAGCAACUGGCGGACCCCUUAGACUCCCCAUCCAAGAACCAGGCUUCAGGCUCCUCCAUGUCGGUGGAUACGCCUCUGGAUGCCCCCCCCUCUGGUGACAUAUCUGAACCCCCAGUGGUACUGGCAACAGAGUCGUUGAAUGCGACGAACGUGCCCCUUGCUGAUGUUUGUGUGUCUGUACCAGAGCCUCACGAAUCGGACUCCAUCCCUGAGAACGGAAAACUGGUUAUUCAGCAACACAACAACACCGACAGCGAGCACCCGAGGCAGAGAUUGAAUGGCGAGCGUCAACACAGGCCAGUAAAGAAGUUCAGACCUCCAGAUAACCUUGACACACUGACUCCUGAGAUGGGCGGUCACGGUGGGAUCCGGGGAAGGAGGGCUCUGCAUCACUGUGAUCAUCAGAGCGGGGCCAGAAGUCAGGCGUCAUCACCCGGGAAUGGAAGCCACUUGGCGAGUCGGUCGGUCAGCAGAGAGAGGAGGAGAAAUCCAGGGAAAGUAGAGGAGAAGGAGGCAGAGACUAAAAAGCCGGAAGAACUGUCCAAACCUGAUGAGAGCAGACGGAGUGACAUGAGUGAGGGAGGAGACACUGAGCCACCAGACAGCCAGAGCCACAAUGGGGACCAGUGUCCUCAGAAGCAGGAAGAACAUCCUCAGCAAUCAGAACCGUCUCCACCUGUCAUCAAAGAGAGCAACAAAGAAGAGAAUGAGACAGACCAGGACCAUGACCAUGACAAAUCUCAGCUGAGCUCCAGUGUGAUCAUCGAUGUGCCCAACGUUCAUUCAUCUUUGGAGCUCUCCACGAUUACGGUCAUCAGUAAGGACCCUGAAACCUGUAAAUCAGAGGAGGCAGAUGAGACAAAGCCUGUCAACACUGUGAAUCCAGACAGCAUGUUCCUCUUCAAACCUGACAACCCGGUGCGUCGAGCGUGUCACUACGUGGUGAACCUCAGGUACUUUGAAAUGUCCAUCCUGCUGGUCAUAGCCGCUAGUAGUAUAGCACUGGCUGCUGAGGACCCUGUAGCCACCUCCUCUAACUGGAAUAAGGUUCUGCGGUAUUUUGAUUAUGUGUUCACCGGAGUCUUCACAUUUGAAAUGAUUAUAAAGAUGAUCGACCAGGGUCUGAUCCUCCAUGAUAGCGCCUACUUCAGAGACCUGUGGAACAUCCUCGACUUCAUCGUCGUGGUGGGAGCGUUGGUGGCCUUCGCCCUCUCCAGCAAUGUGAUGGGAAACAACAAAGGGCGGGACAUUAAGACCAUCAAAUCUCUGAGAGUGCUGCGUGUCCUCAGACCACUGAAGACCAUCAAGAGGCUUCCUAAACUCAAGGCGGUGUUUGACUGUGUGGUGACGUCUCUGAAAAACGUCUUCAACAUCCUGAUCGUCUAUAAGCUUUUUAUGUUCAUCUUUGCCGUCAUUGCUGUGCAGCUCUUCAAGGGGAAAUUUUUUUACUGCACCGACAGUUCGAAGGACACCGAGAAGGACUGCCAGGGUUACUACAUAGACUAUGCGAAGGACAAGAAGGAGGUGAAGAGAAGAGACUGGAAGAGACACGAGUUUCACUACGACAACGUCAUCUGGGCUCUACUCACUCUCUUCACCGUUUCCACUGGAGAGGGAUGGCCUCAGGUUCUGCAGCACUCAGUGGAUGUGACAGAGGAGGACAGAGGUCCGAGCCACGGCAACAGGAUGGAGAUGUCUAUCUUCUACGUCAUCUACUUCGUCGUCUUUCCUUUCUUCUUCGUCAACAUCUUCGUGGCUCUCAUCAUCAUCACCUUCCAGGAACAGGGUGAUAAGAUGAUGGAGGAGUGCAGCCUGGAAAAAAAUGAGAGGGCGUGUAUAGACUUUGCCAUCAGCGCCAAGCCCCUGACCCGUUACAUGCCCCAGAACCGGCACACGUUCCAGUACCGUCUGUGGCAUUUUGUGGUGUCGCCCUCUUUUGAGUACACCGUUCUGGCCAUGAUCGCUCUCAACACCAUUGUACUGAUGAUGAAGUAUUACUCUGCCCCGCCGGCAUACGAGGCCGUACUGAAGCACCUGAACACAGCGUUCACUGUUCUCUUCUCCGUUGAGUGCGUCCUCAAGAUCAUGGCCUUCGGCUUUCUGAACUACUUUCGAGACACUUGGAACAUUUUUGACUUCAUCACCGUGUUGGGCAGCAUCACAGAGAUCGUGGUUGACUUGCAGUUUGUUGAUACGUUCAACAUGAGUUUCUUGAAGCUGUUCAGAGCAGCCCGUCUGAUCAAACUGCUCAGACAAGGCUACACCAUCCGGAUUCUUCUGUGGACCUUCGUCCAGUCCUUCAAGGCUUUGCCCUACGUGUGCCUGCUCAUCGCCAUGCUCUUCUUCAUCUACGCCAUCAUUGGCAUGCAGGUGUUUGGCAACAUUAAGCUGAACGAGGAGACUCACAUUACGCAGCACAACAACUUCAAGACCUUCUCUGGUGCUCUGAUGCUGCUGUUCAGGAGUGCCACAGGGGAGUCAUGGCAGGAGAUCAUGUUGUCUUGUCUGGGGGGACAAAAGUGUGAGACGGACCCCUUAGCAGCACCGACGUCCGGACCGGAGGGGGGCUGUGGCUCCGACUUCGCUUAUUUCUACUUUGUCUCGUUCAUCUUCUUCAGCUCCUUCCUGAUGCUGAACCUGUUUGUGGCUGUGAUCAUGGAUAACUUUGAGUAUCUGACAAGAGACUCGUCCAUCUUGGGUCCUCACCACCUGGAUGAGUUUGUCCGGAUCUGGGGGGAGUAUGACCGCGCCGCCUGUGGUAGGCUCCACUAUAAGGAGAUGUACAAAGUUGUACGCAGUAUCUCACCUCCCCUGGGCUUUGGAAAGAACUGCCCGCACAGGGUGGCAUGCAAGAGACUAGUCCUGAUGAACAUGCCCGUGGACGAUGAUAUGUCCGUUCACUUCACCUCCACUCUCAUGGCCCUCAUCCGCACCGCCCUGGAGAUCAAGAUAGCCAGAGGAGGGGAGGAUAGAAAUCAGAUGGACCUGGACCUGCAGAAGGAGAUCGGUAUCAUCUGGCCCCAUCUCUCUCAGAAGACGUUAGAUGUGCUGGUUCCCAUCCACAAAGCCAGUGACAUGACCAUUGGGAAGAUCUAUGCCGCCAUGAUGAUCAUGGACUAUUACAAGCAGAGCAAGGCCAAGAAGCUCCGACAGCAACUGGAAGAGCAGAAACAUGCUCCUAUGUUCCAGCGUAUGGAUGCCUCCUCUCUGCCUCAAGAAAUCCUAUGCAAUGCCAAAUCCCUUUCAUUCCUCAGGCACAGCGCCGGAUCUGCUCUCACCAGAGGAGGUUUCGUGGCACUUAGCCCCAUCUCUCCACAAGAGAUGUUCCUGCAGCCGCUGUCCCGCUCCAGGGAGGAGAAGGAAGAAGAGGAUGACGACAACUAUCGUUCACCCUACCACCCAUACCACCACCCACAUCCCCACCAGCAUCACUUACACACACUGGUACCAGAAGUUGUGGAGUCUAACCAAGUGAUGCAGCAGGCCAGGCAGGACCCAACAGCUAUUAAAUCACCUCAGCGGACAGGAUCUACCAGAGCGUCCUCCAUGCCCAGACUGGCUGUUGAUCCACCGCCCGGGAUGUCAGCAGACAGUAAGCUGAUGAAGCGCUCCUUCUCUACCAUCGGAGACCAGUGUGUGAACGGCCUCUGGCAGGAGCAACACUCUCUGGAGAGAGUCAGUCCUGACGGCACAUACAGGCCUCGUCAGAGGAGCUACAGAGGUCCUCCAAUAAACCACAGAGAAACAAGCAGUCAUGAGAGAGGGCGAUCUAAGGAACGGCGCCACCUGCUGUCUCCUGACGUGUCCCGCUGCAACUCUGAGGAGCGCAGCCGCGAUCCAUCAUGUGAAAGGAGACGGUCACGUUCUCCUAGUGAAGGACGCACACACACCUUACAGAGACAGGUGAGCACUUCAGGCAGCCCGGCCCAUUCAGCCUCAGAGUCUGGUACUCCUCGUAAUCGGCGCCAGCUGCCGCAGACGCCGUCUCGCCCGCGACCGUACAUCUCUUACUCCCCUCUGGUCUGCCAAGCCAACACCUCUCCCACACCAGCAGCCCCCUCUGAGGACCAGACCCAGCCUCAGGAUGGCGCUGGUGGCUCCCCAGGGACCCCAUGGAGGGCUGAGAAGGAGGGCGGCCCCCUAACUGCAGCUCAGGGGUCAUCCGGCGGUCAGGUUUCAGGACCAAGCAACCCAUCUCCUCAUCGCUACAUCUCUGAGCCCUACCUACCGAUCCACGUGGACGUCAGCGGUGGAGUGGCAGGCGAGGGGCAGGAGACCCUUACUUUUGAGACUGCCGUGGCAACCAGCCUGGGACGGGCCAAUGCCAUAAGCUCCGCUCCUCAGCUCAGACACUCCUGGCAGGUUCCUAACGGGCAUUACCGGAAGAACUUGGGCCAAGCGGGUCCAGCUGGAGCCAGCGAGCUGCUCAGUGACACAGAUGAGGACGACCGCUGCUAAAAACCAUGAGACAAAGAGGAUGCAGGAGAAGCUCCACAUAGCACCACAAGGCUCCUCUGUGGCUCUGAGAACUUGUAUUCUCAGUACCAGUAGCAUAACAGGCAGGACUGAACUCCACUGCUAUUAGUCCGGACACUUGGGUGUCUGUCUGCAAUGUGUUCUUGUGUUUGAUUGUUUGUGUGUUUGUUGUAGCUGGAGGGAGGCUGUGUGUGUGUGGACACGAGAGUGUGUUUGCGCGUGUGUGCUCUCAAUAGAGAAAAGUUGCCAAAUCAAGAGAACAGCAGAGACUCACUGUACUAUAAGUCGAUCACAGCAGCAAACCCAAGCGUUGCCGAGCCUUCCCUCAACAGUUGGUGUUUUGAUUGUUUUUUUGAACAAAAUACGGUGAGUCGUCGUUCCAAGAUGUUCAAACCUCUCUUUGAAUCCAAGAAACUGAUCUGAGUGUGUGUUGUGUAGAUGAACAUAGAGGUAGCAUGUAAAAAAAAAUGUAAUACGAUGAAUGUAUUUUAGCUUUUCCUUCUUAUGUUCAGGUCAUUUGAGAGGGUUGCUGUUUUGAUUGUGCCUAGUUGUAAGAGUAGCAAUGAAAAAGGGGUUGAUUCAGUCGGAUUUUGCCAAUUUAGACUUCAACGUAGUUUCUGUUUACAACAAGAGUAUUCACAUGGUUCAAGGGCAUUAUACAGUCACUAAUCAAUAGAUAGCCAAUACAAGGAAUCAUGUUCCAGACCUUAAAGUGAGCAAAACUUCUAGUAAAGGUUAUGUUUCUGUCCUUAUGUGAAAACAAUGAUGGUGUACUUUCAACUGGAGCAGCACAGUAUAAGUUUAUGUCGGCUCUGUGGUGUGAAAAUGAUUCUGAAGAUCUACAGAAUAAGAGAUGCUUUGUCUCAGGAUACUGGACCACUGAAUUUGUAAUAUAUCACCUUCUGAAACCUUAUGAAAAAAUGUUCAUCGUUGGACCAAAAGAGAAGACGUGUGAAAAUCAGAAGGACUAAAAGUGUCUCUUGCAGGUCAGUCGGCAUGAUGUCAAGCUGACGAGACCGUCAUAAGGACCGGAACCAGUGGGGAUUUCACACAGAACCAGUGUUCUGCAUCUAUUCUAUGAACUAUAACGACUUUAGCCUGAGGUACAACCAUCUGCAGGACAGACAGCCUACGUGAAGGCAAAAAAGGAUGUUCACUCUUCACAUUUCUGUGCUGGAUAACUGCUGUCGAUGUCGCGUCAGAGAGGCCACUAAAGCCAUUUUCUUCCGGUACAUAGAGCCAGGGACGUGUCUUCUUCAGGAUGUGUUGCCUUCUUUCAUGUGAUGACGAAAGGUUAAUGUCCUUUUUACAUGUGAUGCAACAUGGAUGCUUUUACAAAAGAGGAAUCACAGGCACAGUAUGGUUUGUCUGCAAGUUAACUGCCACCUUGUUUCCGUCUCACUGGGGCCCAUGUAUCGAUCAGUAGAAUCAAGCAUUAUGGUAUUUUCUGUGCUCUAGAGGUGUUGUGAUUUCCACAUGCAUGAUCAUGGUGACAAUGAGAGAUGUGGGAGAGAGAUGUGUUUUAGGGCUGCCUGAUUGUCCUCAUUUUUAAUAUAUCCACGAUAUUAAAUGUGAUUUAAAACCACCUCACCAACAGAGUAAUGAUGAAACAGCAGGCAGAGAAAUGUUCAUGUUUUUUUCAGUCCCAGCACUGUCGAUAUCUUUGAACAUUCCAACUUUCAACCAUUUGUUGUUACCCUUAAAUAAGAUGUAUAUUUAUAUCACGUGCUGUUUUGUUAGUGUGAUAUGUUGAGUUUGACAUGUUUCUGGAAUGUGAACACAGAACUUAUCUGGACUGAGGAUCCACAGGCCAGACAAGGUCACACUCAUCUGCUGGAGUCCCAUUCAGUAAGUCCUGGACUGAAAAAUAUGUAUUUUCGCAGAGAAUCCACCUUUGAAGUGUGUCGACUAUGAAGCUCGAUUCACACAGUAUACAGGUUAGGUUCAGGCUUCAGCCUGUAGUUCAUAGGACCGCGCUUAACAUGUACGAUGCAGCCUAGGACUUAACCUUGAUGUCCGUCUCUGUACAGAACAACCUAAUCUGUGCCUGGGGAAGCUCGCACAAAGAGUUCCCUAUCAAGCCCGGAUUUCAUAGAUAAGAGAAGCUUUCUGGUAAAUAUGUAGUAUAAAAUGUACAAAAUAAAUCCAUGUUUAAUUUA